AUGGCCACCUGGAAGUGGUCACAACAGCGACCAGCGGAGGCGCCCUCGCGGCGGCCAGUGGCAGAAUGCGACGGCACUACGCGGUGUGCUCUCGCUGGUGACCCCACGCCUUCUCCCUGCCAGACGGCUGCUGGUCUGCACCGCACAGAGAAGAGCGGAGGGCUUUCGAUGGAGAACGAGGUGGAGGGAUGCGCCUCCCCAACCGUCGCCUGCAGGGAAAAUAGCAUCUCCACCUCCCGUGGGGGAAACCGCAUGCCCGAGAUCCCCGACGUAGCGGACGAGAUCGAGGCCCUCCGCGCAGCGAAGCGCAACGUGGAGGAGCUACGAAGGGGUGCAGGGCUGGAUCAGCUACAGAUCGCGCAUCUCCCGCACCCGCUGACGUGCUAG